AUGAGACUUAACUUUUUCCUCUGGUUGCUGAUAGAUACAUUGAAAUCGCAAGAAGACGGUGACAUUGGCCUAGCUCCCGUAGAAACAGAUAAUGAUCCCCUUGGACAGGUGAUCGAGGAGGAGCCUCUUCCAGUUGGCAACUUCGACGAUGCUCCGGUGGAAGAGGUGAUCGCCUCCGAUAUCAUCCCCGAUCCUCUACAGGAGAUCCCUGUCGGCGAACAAGCUGCGGAGGAAGAUGUGUAUACUUCAGCGCGAAUCGCCUUUAUUAUCUUGGUGCUAGGAAUAUGUAUUCUCUUGGUUCAUUAUAUCAUUCUCAAAAAGCUUCAUCAUGUGCCCGAAUCGGUGUCUGUCGUUUUUCUUGGAGCAGUCAUCGGCCUUAUUGGGAAAAUUCUAAAAAAUAUGAACCUAUCUACGUAUAUCCACGAAGAAAUGCUUUCGCCACAAGCAUUCUUCGUCAUUUUACUUCCGCCCAUUAUUUUCGAAGCUGGAUACAGCUUGCACAAGGGUAACUUCUUCACUAAUCUUGGAAGUAUCUGUGUUUUUGCCAUCGCUGGAACGAUUAUUUCGACUGUUCUUGUCGGAUUAGGUUUAUUUUUACUCGGCGCCGGAAAUGUUAUCAUGGAGCUGAGGCUAACCGACGCUUUGGCUUUUGGUGCUCUCAUUUCUGCAGUUGACCCUGUUGCCACACUCGCUAUUUUUUCUGCCAUGGAUGUCGAGCCUACUUUGAACAUGCUUGUCUUCGGCGAAAGUAUUCUCAAUGACGCCGUUUCUAUUGUAUUGUGCAAUAUAAUGAUGAAGGCUGGUCGAUCAUCAGAAAAUGCCGGUUUUGGAAUUCUAUUUUCCGUCCUUGGCGAGUUCACCUGGAUGAUGAUUAUGUCGACUAUCUUGGGCACUCUCAGUGCGAUGGUAUGUGCCUUAGUUCUCAAACACGUCGAUCUUCGCCGAAAUGCCUCCCUUGAGUUCGGUCUCAUGCUGCUUGCUUCAUACUUUCCUUACUGCGCUGCAGAAGCACUAGAAUUGAGCGGUAUCACAUCAAUUCUUUUCGCUGGAAUAGUGAUGUCUCAUUAUGCCCAUCCCAAUUUGUCCCUCGUGACACAAAUAAAUGUCCAAAACGCCUUUCGUGCAAUGUCUUUUCUCGCAGAAACCUCCGUCUUCGCGUAUCUUGGUAUGGCGAUAUUUUCAUUCCAGCAUAAACUGGAGCCCGCUUUUCUAAUUUGGACGAUUAUCCUGAUUUUACUCGGUCGAGCACUGAAUAUCUAUCCGCUUUCCUGGUUUUUAAAUCACUUUCGAGAAACAAGAAUAUCGAGAAAGAUGCAGUUCGUCAUGUGGUUCUCGGGCCUCAGAGGUGCUAUCGCGUACGCGGUCUCUCUCCAUUUGGACGUCGAGGAUCAAGACCAGAGACGUGCUCUCAUCACUACAGCGUUGUGUGUCGUCUUGUUUACUAUUCUAGUGCUCGGUGGAUCGACCUAUCCUCUUGUCAAAUGGAUGAAUGUGUCUAGGAGCAAUUUCACUCUUUCGAAGACCGAGGAAUAUGGGUCAGCAAUCGACUCGGAGUGUCCGACGAACGAGUACAACUCUGACGAAGAGGAGGGGGAAGGUCACAUUAUGAGGCCGGACGAAACAAAAAGAACCAGCUUCAAGCCUCUCACCGGAUUCGCCUGGAUUGAUGCCCGUUAUUUGUAUCCGUUUUUCACUCGGCGAGUGACGCGGGAAGAGUUCAAAGCUAACCGCCACCAAAUGCGUCAGCUAACUGCCAAGUGGUACAAAGAGAUAUUUAUUCGACAACAGCAGCAAAUUGACUUGAUGGAGGAGCAACGGGACUUCGAUUUUACCUCCAUUUUUCCCAAAGUUCGUUGUAGAGUGGACAUGAGUGUUCUAGAACGCCUCCUCAAUGGCUGA